GAUUUAAUGAGAAGUGAGAACUCAGGUAAUUAGAACUAAAAUUUAAACAAUGAUUAUAAUUAUUACACAAAUAAAAAAAUAGAUAAAUGCCAAUCAUAAUUUUCAUUUUGAUAUAAUUCCCCAAAACAUAAUACAAAAUGAGGACAGAGGAGAAAAAUGCAUUUCCUUUUGAUACAACUAUCUCUUCUUUUCGUCUCUAAUCUCUAUCACUCAAUGGACGGUCAUGAUGGGGAAAAUGUACGGUUGGUGAUCGAGUUCCCUUUCUCACCGAUCAACCUUUUCCCGUUUUUAUCUGGGACUUCCUUUCGUUAAUUUCUCAUUUUUUAAAAUGAACCAAAAAAGAACUAAUGAAAUCAGGUUACAGAUUUCCCUUGCUCGAAUAUCCAUAAUAUGAUUGGUACCAUCGAACGAACUUCCUCAGCCCGGUUUGCAAAUCGGUUGUGGGUUUGUACCCGAGUUCCCUUUGGGCCGAGCUGAUAUUGGCAUGGGUGAACGGAACGUCGCCGUUUCCGGGCAUUUCCACCACGUUAAUCUUCGCCUUCACCUUCAACAGCUUCUCCAACAUCCCUACCAUCAUCGGGACCGUGACGGGCGAGGUGUUACCCAGAUUGAAGAUCCGAUACGGCGCUUUGCCCCGUUUCUUCCCCCCGGAUCCGGUGCUCCGACCCGCCGUAUCCAGCGACGCAACACACCCUUUCACGACGUCGUCAAUGUAGGUGAAAUCCCGGGCCAAAUCUUCCCGGUUCUUGCCCCGGUAGAUGGUGAUGGGCUUCCCUUGGAGGAUAUUUCGGGUAAAUGAAAAGUAGGCCAUGUCGGGCCGGCCCAACGGGCCGUAGACGGUGAAGAAUCUAAGCCCAGUUAUGGACAGGCCGUAGAUGUGGUUAUAGGUGUGCGUGAUUUCCUCGCCGGCUUUCUUCGUAGCUGCGUAGAGCGAAGCGGGCCGGUCAGUCCGAUCCGAUUCGGAAAACGGUACCUUCUCGUUCAACCCGUACACGGAACUGGAGCUGGCCCAAACGAAUGCGGGUUGCGGGUCGGCCGUCUUGCUGCAGGCUUCGAGAAGCGUGACGAGGGCGGCGAUAUUGCUAUGGACAUACGAUUGGGGGUUUUCCAUGGCGUAUCGUACCCCGGCCUGCGCCGCCAAAUGCAUCACGUGGGUGAACGCCACGGCGUCGAAGAGCCUCGUCAGUAACCGGCCGUCGUUGACGUCGCCCUCCACCACGAAUAUUCCCCGCGCGCGGAGCAAAUCCCGCCGCGAUUUCUUCAGCGACGGGUCGUAGUAGGAGUUGAAGUUGUCGAGCCCGACGACGCCGUCGCCGCGCUUCUUCAGGGCGAGGGAGACGUGCGACCCGACGAAUCCGGCGGCGCCAGUCACUAACACGGACAUGCCGCCGUUGUGGCGGCGGAUCUGAGCGGAGGAGCGGACCUGGUUCUCCCAGCGAAGCCCGCCCCACGCGGAGGAGGAGAAACACUGAAUGCCGGAAUCCACGAAAGAUUGGAAACUCAGAUAAGACGCCGUCAAUGCAAUCAAGAACAACGCCCAUAGAAACAUCGUCCCUGUCGUGGUAGAGGCGAAGCACCUCUGGAUUACUGCCAGACGGUUCAUUGCGUGCCGCUCCUUUAACUUCCCCGGCGUCGCCGGAAACAGCUCUUCCUCCAGCGAUGCCAUUGUUUCUAUCAGAAGAUCAGUUCCUUUAACUUCCUUGCCGCCGCUUAAAUCCUUUUGAUUUCUUUGAGGAAACUCAAAUUUCCCCCACUUUCAACUGAAAGAUAAAAAUCUGAAAUUUGGGAAUUGCAAUUGCGAUAUUGAAUUUGAGUGGGGUUGUUAUGAAUUUAUUUUUUAACUGCAAUGUAAUCCGAAUAUAUAUUGCGAC